AUGGAGGUGGUGACCGGCAGCAACGGCGGGAGGCUGAACCCGUGGGCGGAGCCCUUCGUGCCGGGCAGCUGGUGCCGCCCCGCCCCCGUGCAGGCGGCGGCCGCGGCGGAGGUCGAGGACUUCUCCACCGAGUGGUGGCGCCUCGUCGCCUCCUCGCCGUCCUUCCGCGACAGCUGGCUCCGCGACUACGGCGACCUGGGGCUCCUCGACGCCGACGAAGGCCCGGACGACAGCGACGCCUUCUUCCCUCCGCCGUGCCACAACGAUGGAGAGGAGAGGAAGGGAGAGGCCGCCGUCAAGAAGAGCGGAGGCGAGGUGGCGCCCUGGGGGAUCGAGAAGUGGUGGCGGGCGCACGUCGCCUCGCCGCCGGAGGUCCCGAAGUACGCGGAGAAGGCGCCUGCUAAGGUCCUGGGCGGCGGCAGGUUCAGCCCCCGCACCAUCCAGCAGCCUCGCUAA